AUGGCGGCCGUUCUCAAGAACUUCCAGCCAGAUCUCAUCAUCGGCUGUUACCUGGUCAUCUGUGACUGCCUGUGCAUGGGGCUUGCCUUGAACACGCCCGUGCUUUUCCUGGGCUUGCAGGUGAUGAUUGCAAGCAACCACCUCGCGGCGUUCGGCAUGUUCCCGAAGCUGCCGGCGUUCAUGAACAUGAACUUGCGCUUCUGGCACUUCCUUACCGAGCAUUUCGCCAAUGAGCUGAACAAGAGUUCGGCUCCGAUCAUUGAGAAGUUGAUGCACAUGCCCAAAGAGGACUUCACGCCCACUAUGGAGGAGUUCCUGAACAUCUGCAGCUGCUCAGCGAAAUAUCCCGUCUUGCUUGCCGCCAGCCCUACGCUCCAUGCGCCCCUGCCUCCAGACUUCAACAGCAACGUUCACGCCCUGGGCGCCCUCGUUCUGGAUACAAAGGAGCAAACCGGUCCCGAGUUCGGCGGCACCGAGCUCAAGGCCAUGGACGACUUCCUUGCAGCCGGUGACGCGCCGGUUUACAUUGGCUACGGCUCGAUGACUUGCAACAACGGCAAGUUCAUGUCGCUUCUGAGCCUGCGUGCGCUGAUGGCGACUGGCGAGAGGGGCAUUGUGCUAAGCGGCUGGGCCAAGAUGUCCCCAAAUUUCGAGGGUGAGCCGGACGCUGCUGAGCUUGAGGCCUACUGCAAAGAGAAGGUCCUUUUCAUGGACACUGCACCGCAUGGUGUCCUUUUCCCCCGCUGCAAAGUCAUUGUCCACCACGGCGGUGCAGGGACGUUCAAUGCCUCGAUCCUCAGCGGUGUGCCCACAGUGGUCGUACCGAUCUUCUUGGACCAAUUCUACCAUUCCACCAUGGCCAACGAGCGAGGCUUUGGAGUCGGGCUGAAGGCCAUGUCCUCCACCACGCCCGCGGAGCUGGCUGCUGCCAUCCGCAAAUGCAUCGACUCGCCGGAGAUCCGUCAGACGGCGUCGGCCGUUGCAAAGGACAUGGCCAAGGAGAACGGUGCCACCGCUUUUGUACAGCAGAUCGACCGCUUCAUGGAGGAGUACGUGGACACAGGCCGCUACCUCAAGGAGCGUGCUGAGCUGCGGAAGGAGAUCAAGGACAACACCUGGAAGAACAUGGCUCUGAAUUUCCUGGCACGCUUCAAUUGUUGCUGUGAGAGGGAGGCGAGCAUUCGAUAA